GGUGCUGCGGUCGCGGGCUUCCGUCUCCGCGGCGCCGCGGCCCAUGGGGAGAGUCGGCCGGGCGGGCCGGCAUUAAACUUGAAAGAUGUCCCUGUACGAUGACCUGGGAGUGGAGACCAGUGAUUCAAAAACAGAAGGCUGGUCCAAAAACUUUAAACUUCUGCAGUCUCAGCUUCAGGUCAAGAAGGCAGCUCUCACACAAGCAAAGAGCCAGAGAACGAAACAGAGUACGGUACUUGCCCCAGUAAUCGACCUAAAGCGAGGUGGCUCUUCAGACGACCGGCAGAUCGUGGACACCCCCCCGCACGUGGCGGCCGGCCUGAAGGAUCCUGUUCCCAGUGGAUUUUCUGCAGGAGAAGUUUUGAUUCCUUUAGCUGAUGAAUAUGAUCCCAUGUUUCCUAACGAUUAUGAGAAAGUAGUGAAACGCCAAAGAGAGGAACGACAGAGACAGCGGGAGCUGGAAAGACAGAAAGAAGUAGAAGAGAGAGAAAAGAGGCGUAAAGACAGACAUGAAGCUAGUGGGUUUUCGAGGCGACCAGAUCCAGAUUCUGAUGAAGAUGAGGAUUAUGAGCGGGAGAGGCGGAAAAGAAGCAUGGGCGGAGCUGCCAUCGCACCACCCACUUCUCUUGUAGAGAAAGACAAAGAGUUACCCCGAGAUUUCCCUUACGAAGAGGAUUCCAGACCUCGCUCUCAGUCUUCCAAAGCUGCUAUCCCUCCUCCAGUAUACGAGGAACAAGACAGACCCAGAUCUCCAACUGGACCUGGCAACUCCUUCCUUGCCAACAUGGGUGGCACAGUAGCACAUAAAAUCAUGCAGAAGUACGGCUUCCGGGAAGGCCAGGGUCUUGGGAAGCACGAACAAGGGCUGAGCACAGCACUGUCAGUGGAGAAGACAAGCAAGCGAGGAGGCAAGAUCAUUGUGGGUGAUGCCACAGAGAAAGAUGCAUCCAAGAAGUCAGAUUCAAAUCCAUUAACUGAAAUACUUAAGUGUCCUACCAAAGUGGUCCUCCUAAGGAACAUGGUUGGUGCAGGAGAGGUAGAUGAAGACUUGGAAGCAGAAACCAAGGAAGAGUGUGAAAAAUACGGCAAAGUUGGAAAAUGUGUGAUAUUUGAAAUUCCUGGUGCCCCUGAUGAUGAAACAGUACGAAUAUUUUUAGAGUUUGAGAGAGUUGAGUCAGCAAUUAAAGCUGUUGUUGAUCUGAAUGGGAGGUAUUUUGGUGGACGGGUGGUAAAAGCAUGUUUCUACAAUUUGGAUAAGUUCAGGGUCUUGGAUUUGGCUGAACAAGUCUGAUUUUAAGAACUAGAGCACGAGUCAUCUCCGAUGAUCCUUAAAUGAGCUGCAGGCUGAGCAGAGAAGGAAAAGGCCUCAGCCAGCCUGUGUGGCUGCUGCGUACAGAGACUCUUGGAAGGACUUCUAAGAUAUAUGUUGAUUGAUCCCUUUUU